AUGUCGACCGACACUAAACAAAUCAUUGCUGAUGCGCUCUUGAAGAACGAGCAGGCUAUGUAUGGCCCAUUCUUCGGCAGUCUUGGAGUAACAUCCGCCAUGGCAUUUGCUGCUGCUGGAUCUGCAUAUGGAACAGCAAAAGCCGGCACCGGAAUCGCUUCAAUGGCUGUUGCACGACCCGAUCUCGUUAUGAAGGCCAUUAUUCCAGUCGUCAUGGCUGGAAUCGUCGCCAUCUACGGACUUGUAGUUGCUGUCAUUGUGUCGGGAAAAGUUGAGCCAGCUGGUGCUAACUAUACAAUCAAUAAUGCAUUCUCACAAUUCGCUGGAGGUUUGGUUUGCGGACUUUGCGGACUCGGAGCAGGAUAUGCUAUUGGUAUCGCUGGAGAUGCGGGAGUGAGAGCCCUCUCACAACAACCGCGCAUGUUCGUUGGAAUGAUCUUGAUUCUUAUUUUCGCCGAAGUCUUGGGUCUCUACGGUAUGAUCGUCGCCCUUAUUCUUGGAGCUACAUAA